GGCUCAGCCGGAAGAUUUUGCAAGGCGUGAUUGAUGGAACGGCCUAUGGCGCGGAUUGAAAAACUCAUCAAAUGUGUUGAGUUCCAUACGCUUUCUCAAAGGCGGCUUUGCCUCUGUUAAGAGAUGCUUGUUCUUUUCACUGCGCGACAGCAGGAAUUUUCUUGGAAGCCAUAAAAGCGUCCGAUUGGAUUGAGUUAGAGUUGUCUUUCCAUAAAAAUGGCAACUACCAGUACUGGUUUUGUGAGAGAGACACGAGUCGCUGGAGCGGAGCUUUUAGCUCAAACCGGUAGUAUCUGUAUCGCGCACACAGAUUCGUAAUUCUGCACAGAAACACCAAUACGUAUACGAUUCAGCAUAUUUCUAUACUGUUUUUUCAAGCGAGCCUAGUUGUUCGGAUUCCGAAACUAUCCUACAAAACGAACAUGGGGAAAGGCAAAGGCGGUAAGGGCAAGAAGAGGAAGAGCAGUGAUGACGACAGCGACGAGGACGAUGGGCCGUACUUUUCGACGGAGGAUCCGGGCUAUGUCAAUCCGCAGACGGGUCACCUGAAGCCGCUUCUGUACCUCGAGAUUCUGGGCGCUCUGGUCGUGGUUGGAAUCAUCACGAUCCUCGCUAGUGGCUACUUCUUCCAGACCGGCGGGGCGUGCGAACCAAAAAAGAAGGUUCCCUGCGAGCACCUGAGGCCAGUAAGCCAAGUUACCUGUGACGUUCCCGGAAGUCCCGAGGGGAAAAAAAUGGUGCAGGCCACCAGCUGUUCAAAUGGCGACACAGGUACUUAUUUUUUUUUGCCUUCUGCCUACUUUACGAAUACGAGCGCACCAAAAGUGACAGAGCUGCCAGCAGUUCCGUUGAAUUGAAAAGCAGCAUCCCAUCAGCUCCAUUUUUAUUUGAUUGCGUCGUGUGCAUUUUUUUUUUCCAACAUUGCUGCAAUACUAUUCAGUGCGAACUCGGUGUCGGUCUUCCACAAUCACAAAUUUUCCUUACAGGUAUCUACUUCGUGUGUACAGCGGGGACCUACAAUAUGUGUGGUGCGGACAAACUCAAUUUAAAGCUUGUAGACGAUGAUGCGCAGACAGGCAAAGGCGUCUCAAAAGAAGAAUUUAAAAGCAGAUGA